AUGAGGACGUCUCUUGCACGUUCUGCUUUGAGGGCUAGACGUCCAACAAGCGGAAGUCGAAGAAGAUCUCAGGUCAGGGUCACAUCGAAACGACGUGGAGGGGUUAACACCGCUACUUCUAUCAAGAACACCAGCAACAUAGAUACACGGCACAUCAAACAGACGAUCAUCAUUGCAAAAACAGCAAAUAUCAUGUCACCUAUUGGAACUCAGAAUAAUGACAAAACUGCCAUAUCGAGUCGCGGGAGUGGUGGCGUACAAAAUUCGUCUCCCGCGAGAAAUCUUGAAAUUUCGUCUACCAGGCAACGUGCACACCUUGCAAGAAACCGCAGACCAAAUCGUCCAAACAAUGGUCAGGGGUUGCCCUCUACAUCUGGAAAUGGUCGUGGAAACAACAGAAAUGGUAUAUCUGGAUUAGCAAGUUCAGGUCACAGACCAUCUACUAAUUUUGGUUUAGGAAACAGACAUUCAGGAAGAAGUGGACUUUCAGGAAACCUGGGUAGACAAAGGAAUACUAUGGGAGGACAAGUAGGUCAAAUGGGUGGACAUGGAGGAUCGAUGGGUGGACAUGGAGGUCAAAUUGGUGGUCACGGAGGUUCAUCUGGAGGCAAUGGAGGUCCAAUGGGUGGUCACGGAGGUUCCAUGGGUGGACAUGGAGGUUCAUUGGGUGGCAAUGUAGGUUCGAUGGGUGGUCUCGGAGGCUCAUUGGGUGGCAAUGGAGGAUCGAUGGGUGGCAACGGAGGUUCAACAGGUGGUCACGGAGGUUCCAUGGGUGGACAUGGAGGUUCAUUCGGUGGCAAUGGAGGUUCAAUGGGUGGACAUGGAGGAUCGAUGAGUGGCAACGGAGGUUCAACGGGUGGACAUGUAGGUCCUAGUAGCGCCCAUGGCAGCUCUUUUGGAAGCCACGGCAGGAAUACAGGAGGCCAAGGUGUGGGAUCAAGUAAUGGGAUAGGGAUUCACAGUGGACCAAACAGUAACUUCAGACAUACGCAAAACAAUGGUGGUAAUCCGAACUUUAAUAUUGCUGAUAUGCUCUUAUCGGGUCUCGGAGUGGCAUCGAGUUCCCCUAACCUUCUAGCCUUGAUGUCAUCUGGAGCACUUAAUCGUGGAGGGGGUGGAAUGAACAGUGCACCUGCCUCUGCAGGAGCAGGACCCCCAGAUUUGACUGGUUUAUUUAGAGGACCAGAUGGCGCUAGGCUACUCAACAGUCUAGUGCAGAAUGUUAUGGGAACUAGUAGUGGUGGAAUGGGUGUCACAGCGCCCUCUGUUGUAGCCAGGCCUUCCGUAGGCAAGAGUAGUGGACACGGGGGUAGUGGAAGUGGGCCACAUACGGGUAGUGCAGCACACGGAAGCAAUACUAUAAGCACAGGCGUCAAUCAUGGACCAAUCAUCAUCGAGGCGGGCAGUAACAUACAGGUCGGGUUUCGGCAUGGUAAUGGUUCCCCAAGUAUUGUGAUCAAGUCUGUACCAACGACAACAACUCCAGCCACGUUUCUCGCCUCAGCAACAGACAUGAUGUUACCCGCUAUGGCCAUGGAAUUGGGCGAGGAAUUACCUUGA